AUGAGCAGUAGGAAGAAGCCCACUGGCCGAGACCGUGGUGGGGACACGAGCCAUCAUGCUGAACAGGAGGGGACUUAUGCCCGGAAUGGCGUCUCGACGAGCCCUCCCAUUGCUGUGAUAGAGGCUGAUGCAUCAAUGGAGAAGGUUCUCUUCCAUCCAACAGCACAGACGAAUAGAACCAUGACAGCAAGUGGAAGCGACAGUACCGGACAGGAGGGAACACCCAACCCCCCUGGUGCUGUAAUGGCAGCAGAGACGUCGAUAGAGAAGGUUCUCCUUGCUAGUGGUCCUCCCGCAACGACAAUCAAUACUGCCGUGCCAGCACCACAAGAAAACGGUAGAGCCCCGCAAAUACCACGACAACUUGCAAUGGCCGAAGAAGGAUUGGAAAAAGUCAUGUUGUCGUCGUCCCCGUUAUCAGUGCAAAAGAGAAGAGAGAACUCCAUUUCAGUUAUUGGAGAUACAGCUUCCAGUCAACAUCAACAGCGUGAUAGCAACGUUACCAUGCACCGUCUGGACGAAUCCUGGGUGCAGCAAGUCCUUACCAACGCCUUACCCGCCGAAGAGACCGGAACUCCUCCGACACUGCAACGACCACGCAACAGCACUGAUACCAUCACCAGUCUCAGCGAUUCAUGGGUCCAGCAGGUGCUGGACCAAGCCAUGGAAAUGCCACAACAACAACAAGCCGCCCAGAACCAAGCCCCCGCAGUAGUCCAAGAGGCAGAAGUCUCGAUGGAAAAGGUGCUCCAUCGAGUGUCGCCACAACAACCAUCCUCCGCAACGAAGGGAGAAAAAUCAGACGGGGCAGCCGAGAAACAAAGGAUUUUCCUGCCACCAGACCAGAAUCCAACAAGGCAAGAAGAAUCGGAGGAUGAUCUGCCCGACUCUGCCGUUGCUGCCUUACAGCCCCCGAACCUCAGACGGGAGGCACGCAACAAUAAUACCGUGUUGAAUGGAGGAGCUUUGACUCCCGGGGCGUUUGCCGCGGACCACACGGGGACACAGCCCACUCCGGCUCCCAUGAGGUACUCGUCGUUUGCCCGUAUGAGCCACGCUACCAAUACUGCUCAAUCCACUCCAUUACAGGACGAAUUCAAUAAUAUGGUAUCGCGUGGGGAUGGUGAAAACAGCAGCAAAUCGCAGCGGCCGGGUAGCUCUCAGUUUUUGGCCGUUGCAAAUCCGGUACAAUCGGGGCAUUUUUCAUCGUUACCAUUGGCCAACGAGAUCACCGCCGUGUUGGAAGAAGAAGACGAGGAACGGCAAAAUAAUAGACGAAAGCGGACCCUGUGGAUGCUCGGAGCCAUGGUAGUGCUGACCAUUGGGAUUAUUGUAGCGGUCGUCGUGGGAGUUGUGCUGUCCAGCACCCAACAAUCGGAAGCGGCAACGAGCGAAGAACCAGCAGGAGGAACCAAGACACCCACAACCGCCCCGACUAAUGCACCAACGACUCCUCUAUCCGCCAUGGAGCAUGUUCUAAAGGUGCUGCCGGAGGACACCAAGAAUGCUUUGGACAAUCCAAAUUCACCGCAACACAAGGCAUUCUAUUGGCUUUUGGAGGAUCCAUCUGUUCGGGCCUACGAAGAUUGGCGAAUACGGCAACGUUUAGCACUGGCAAUCCUGUACUUUUCUACAGAAGGGCAGAACUGGCUAGAUGAUUCACUCUGGCUCAGUCAUGAAGAGCAUGAGUGUGAUUGGUUUCACUCUGACAUUCCCUGGGAAAGAGCGGGGCAACUCUUUUUCUCAGAGACUCUGAAGCCCCUCUGGAGGGAAGGUAUCUGCACCGACAACAACAAUCCAGAAGCAUACACAAAGAUCCAACUAGUCUUGAACAGUAUCCGCGGUAAGCUGCCAGAUGAAAUCUGCUGGUUGUCAUCACUCCAAACCAUUCUCGUGGGAGCUAAUCCCUUGGGUGGGUCCAUCCCCAAUUGCUUGCAUGAGCUGCCGGAGCUGCAAAUACUGGGACUCAUUGCCACUGAUGUCACCGGCACCAUUCCAUCCGAACUUGGUUUGUCCACCAGUGUACAGCAGAUUGCCUUUAUGAAUGGCCGGAUAUCUGGAACCAUCCCUUCUGAGCUUGGCCAACUGGAGUCCCUCAGAGAACUCUAUCUCAAUGAGAACCAGUUGACAUCUACGAUUCCAUCCACCAUUGGGAAGAUGUCCAACCUGACUUAUAUCAGUUUGGUCAACAACACGCUCCAUGGGACUCUGCCAUCUGAACUGUACCUCUUGCAAGAGCUGAAAUUCCUGGAAUUGGCACACAAUCAGUUGCGAGGCUCAAUAUCUCCAGAGGUUGGUCAGCUGACAAACCUUGUGAAUGUUCAUUUGGAAGAAAACCAAUUCACAGGAUUGCUGCCUACAGAGAUGUGGUCUCUACCAAAGUUGUGGCACUGGUCAAGUUACGACAAUGCGAUUCGAGGUACCAUUCCUGCAUCAGGCUCAAAAUUGACUGACACUUAUUACCUUGACAUAAGCUGGAUGAGACUCUCAGGCACGGUACCAGUUGGAUUCUAUGACAUGACAACCCUUGGCCAUCUAUACAUGGAAUUCAACACUCUCUCUGGGACCAUUGAUACUGCACUAGGAAACCUCUCCAACCUGUACUGGCUUUACAUGUACGGAAAUAAGUUCCAUGGCACUCUCCCAACUGAAGUUGGAGCUCUAACAAGUUUGUAUGAAUUCUUUCUGCAAGACAAUGACCUAUCUGGGCCGCUUCCAAGCGAACUGGGUAAUCUCUACAACAUGUCGUUUUUUGAUGCCUCCGGCAAUCUAUUUACUGGAUCUAUUCCGUCGGAGCUUGGUGAUUGUGACAUCCUACAGCAGCUGGAUUUGUCACGUAACAACCUGGCGGGCACAGUUCCUUUGGAGCUUGCAAACUUGCGAUACUUGCGUGGUCUGGAUCUCUCCGACUCUGUAGAUGUGGUUAUUGCAGCUGUGGAUGAUGGAUCUACCAUAGUUAGGAGACCUGUAGGGGGCAUAGCAUAG